AUGUUCUUUGAUAGGAUAUGUAGUUCCUUAACUCUUCAUAUGAUAAUAUGGUGCAUCAGGAGUUGGCAAACACAAGGAAUUGGAGACAAAGUGGAAAACUCAUUGGGGGUUGACUCACAAGGUUUCAAGCAAGUUAACUCUAAGUCCAAAAGGAAAGCACGAGAAAAGAAUGCAGUAGGGAGUAAGUAUGCAACAAGGUUAAUGCCUGGUAACGCAAACAAUUCCUCGUGA